ACUCCCGGGCUCUGGGCACACCUCGGAAUUUGCCCCCGCCUCCUGCCUGCUCCCCUCGGGCUCCAGGAAGUCGCGAGCGCCCCAGGGGUCGCCCGAGGAGUGGGCUCGGGACCGCGGGCAGCGCAGCCUGCAGGGGGGCGCCAACGGCAGCGAUGAAGCCAUCUUGGCUGCAGUGUCGCAAAGUCACCGGCGCCGGGGGACUCGGGGGGUCCCUGCCCGCGUCCUCUCCCGCCCGGGGAGCCGGCCCGGCCCGCAGGGCGUACGUGGCCCCCGGCCAACGGGGCGCUCUCGGGGGCCGGGGCUGCCGGGCGCUGUCCUCGGGCGGCUGCGAGUACAAGACCCACUUCGCGGCCUCGGUGGCCGACCCCGAGAGGUUCUGGGGCAAAGCCGCGGAGCAGAUCAGCUGGUACAAGCCCUGGACCAAAACGCUGGAGAACAGACAUUCGCCUUCCACCAGUUGGUUUGUGGAAGGGAUGCUUAACAUUUGUUACAAUGCCAUCGAUCGUCAUAUUGAAAAUGGUAAAGGAGAUAAGAUUGCUAUCAUUUAUGACAGUCCUGUUACAAAUACUAAAGCCACUAUUACCUAUAAAGAAGUCCUGGAGCAGGUCUCUAAGCUGGCUGGUGUUUUGGUCAAGCAUGAUGUCAAGAAGGGUGACACCGUGGUUAUCUACAUGCCCAUGAUCCCCCAGGCGAUAUACACCAUGCUGGCGUGUGCUAGGAUAGGAGCCAUCCAUAGUCUCAUAUUUGGGGGAUUUGCAUCCAGAGAACUCAGCAGUCGCAUUGAUCAUGCAAAGCCCAAGGUCGUUGUUACAGCAUCAUUUGGCAUUGAACCUGGAAGGAAGGUAGAAUACAUACCACUUCUAGAAGAAGCUCUGAGAAUAGGACAACACAAGCCAGAUAAAGUUCUCAUUUAUAAUCGUCCAAAUAUGGAGCCGGUUCCUUUGGCGCCAGGUCGUGACCUUGAUUGGGAUGAAGAGAUGGCAAAAGCACAGUCACAUGACUGUGUUCCUGUCCUUUCCGAACAUCCGCUGUAUAUUCUUUACACAUCUGGAACAACGGGGUUGCCAAAGGGUGUGGUGAGGCCCACUGGAGGAUACGCUGUAAUGCUUAACUGGUCAAUGUCUUCUAUAUAUGGACUUAAACCUGGAGAGGUGUGGUGGGCAGCUUCUGACUUAGGCUGGGUUGUCGGACAUUCCUAUAUCUGUUAUGGACCUCUUCUACAUGGAAACACAACAGUUUUAUAUGAGGGGAAGCCUGUGGGAACACCAGAUGCUGGCGCUUACUUCCGUGUGCUCGCGGAGCAUGGAGUAGCUGCCUUGUUUACAGCGCCAACUGCCAUUAGAGCAAUCCGUCAACAGGACCCUGGGGCAGCCUUGGGGAAGCAGUACUCUCUGACAAGGUUCAAAACAUUAUUUGUGGCUGGAGAACGAUGUGACGUGGAGACCCUGGAAUGGUCCAAAAAGGUCUUCAGAGUACCUGUCCUAGACCAUUGGUGGCAAACUGAGACUGGUUCCCCAAUUACAGCAUCAUGCAUUGGAUUAGGUAAUUCUAAAACACCUCCUCCAGGGCAAGCAGGAAAAAGUGUUCCAGGAUACAAUGUUAUGAUUUUGGAUGACAACAUGCAAAAACUGAAGGCUCGGUGUUUAGGAAACAUUGUGGUAAAGUUGCCAUUACCACCUGGAGCUUUUUCAGGACUCUGGAAGAAUCAGGAGGCAUUCAAGCAUUUAUACUUUGAAAAAUUUCCUGGAUACUAUGACACCAUGGAUGCUGGUUACAUGGAUGAAGAAGGUUAUAUAUAUGUUAUGUCUCGAGUUGAUGACGUGAUAAAUGUUGCCGGUCACAGGAUUUCUGCAGGUGCCAUUGAAGAGAUGAUGAUGUUUAUCGAAGAACUCUUUCCUAACCCAAGAACCUCCACUAUGAUACUGAGUAAGAGUGAUGAGAGCAGUUACCCUCGUCUUGUUCCUGAUCUUAGGUCUGUCCUUUCCCAUGGCACUGUGGCCGACUGCGCUGUUGUUGGCAAGGAAGACCCUUUGAAGGGUCAUGUCCCGUUAGCUCUCUGCGUGCUGAAGAAAGAUAUAAAUACAACAGAGGAACAAGUCUUAGAAGAAAUUGUGAAACAUGUUAGACAGAGCAUUGGCCCCGUGGCUGCUUUUCGAAAAGCGGUGUUUGUGAAACAGUUACCCAAAACCAGAUCUGGCAAAAUUCCCCGCUCAGCUCUGUCUGCCCUUGUCAAUGGCAAGCCAUAUAAGGGUCAGAGAAAGUACUGUUCCUCUCACAAGACUGAAUGUGGGGCAAGAAAGAUACAGUCAUCAGAUUGCUUAAAUUUUGGAAGGAAAAAAAAAGGAAUUUUCUAUUUUAAUACUUACCAUAAGGUACUUUCACUCAAUAGUACUUAAAAUAUUUUGAAUUAAAUGUCUUUAAAAAUAACAAUAUAAUGUUACUAAAAAAUGUAAUUUGCUGAAAUAAAUUCUGCAUGAUCUUCUUUUGGUAGUUGCAUAGAAUUUUUUUACUGUAAAGUAUUAAAAUUAAAAUGUAAAUAUUUUAUUUUAAAAUCUAUAGAAAAGUGCCAAUUAAUUGAUCUAUUUUGCCUGUGAAAAUGUACUAAGUGUAUACAAAUGAGAACUGCUUUACAUUUAAAAUUAGUUUUAUUUAUAGAAAAUUAUAUUUGUAAAGGUUCUGAUUAUUAAAAAUAUGAAAAUUCAUAACGUUGAUAGUUAAAAGGAAGAAAACCAAGGUUCUAAGCUUAAUCCAUGAAAUGGGUUUUAGAAUCUGGCAAAAUGAUCUUAUACAUCGAAGAAUAUUUUAUGGUUUUUGAGGCAAGUAACUGGAUCUUUUAUAUCCCUGUAUGUUAGUCUAUUUUAAAUGGUUAAUGUCUCUUAUUAGGUGAUAUCUUAAAGGGGAAGAACUGUUUAUGCAAUUAAGUUGUGCAGAACAGUAGAUACAAAUCUAGUUUGUAUUAUUAUGAUACCAUAGUUUCUAUAUUAUAUUUCAUUUCUGUAAGUCAAGAUCCCCAUAUUCAGACGAACUUAAAAAGCUCUUUCCCAUUGUUUCUAAUCAGGCAACAUUUUUAGAAAAUUUAAAAUCACUUUCAUAAGCAAGUUUAGUGCUCCCUCUUGUGGCAGACUCACUUUUGAAGCUAAAAGAUUGAUCACUAAAAAGAAUGAUUUUCAUUAUAGUUUAAGUAAAAUUUUAAACUAUAUAUGACUAGAAAACAAAGCUUAAACAGAGAACUGGAAGUAUUUUUGUUUAUUGACAAUGGAGAGGGUUUCUGUUACCAUUACCUUUUGAGUGAAUCUGUUAAACAAAAAUUGACAUCAAAACAAAUGUAAUGUACGUGCAAACAUAGCAAAUUAAAUACAAAAAAGGAAUUACUAAUGACAGGUCUUGCUGUUAAUAAGAUCAAGCAGCAGAAAAUCAGCAGUUAGAUAAAUGGUAUUCUUAAAUAGAUUUACUUUGAAAUCUCCCAUAUAAACAAAGAAUAAACAACAGUAACACCACCAAAUAAAGCCACAGGGAAGAGAGAGAUUAUUCUUCUAUACUUUUAUACACUAUAUAUGUUAAUCAUUCUGUCUUAUUUCCUCUGAUAAGACUGACUUCAGGGAAGUCGCAACAAGGCCUUCUCGGCUAAGAGCAUAUAACGUUAGUUAGACAUGAGUCUGGCUAAUGCCCUAUUACAUUGACAAAAGGGAAAGGUUUCUGGGGUUUUGCUUUUUCCAGUGGAAAUGACCUCAGACUCUGCAGUGGUUGACAUUCACUGAACAGGGCUGGCUGGAGGUUCAAGGUAUUUGGAUGAACAUGUGGUUCUUAGUAAAGAAGUUUUUUUUUUUUUUUUUUUUCUUGGUCCACAGGUAAUAAGAAGAGAUUUUUUUUUUUCUUUAUAAAUUUUUUUAAAUAAUUGCUUUUGACUCUUGUAAACAGUUUGGCUUUGUUUUGUAUUGAAAAGGAGAUCGAGCCAUCACAGUGCUAUUUCUAAAGAUAUAGGACAUCCCUGAUUUCCUUUAAAGGUCUAUUUUUGGCUCCAGUUCCAGGUUAAAUCAUUCUUUUUUACAUGAUCAGAGGCAGGUUUUCAGCUUUAAGGAUUGACAGACUUGAAGGAGAAACAUGUGGAAGCAUGAAACAUGCUUCCAGGAAACAUAUCAAUUUGUUACAAUGCAAAAACUGUAGAAAUGGUGGAAUGGUAAAAUACAAACAGUACUUGGAAUUGUCAAAUGUUUGCACUCAAGACUCCAUGAACCAUAUAUUUUAUUUUUAAAAAAAUCAUAUUUAUAUCCAUUUACAUAAGACUUACACAUUUAAAAAGAAAUGCAUACACAGUAAUACAUAAAUGCCAAGUAUAUUACAAUAAGACAUGAAAAAACAAGUGGCUCUAUUUCAUAAAAGCAUCUGUUGUACAGAAUUUAUGAUGUGGAUGAUGCUUAUUAUUCAAAUGACUUAAGCAUUUUCUUACAAUUGUAGUAAACUAAUCAAACGUAAUAUCUGACUCCCCCCAAAAUCACAUUUUCAGCUUAAUAAACCAUUAGUUGUGAUUAUUUCCUUAGAAUUCAGUCUUCACAAAGGUUUUCACUGCUUAUCUUCUUAGAUGGUAGUGCACUUUAGGUAGAGUAGACUGAAAAGACGACAUCUAAAAUAUGUAAUGGACAGCAUUAGUUUACUGAAAGAUCCCAGACUGGAAAAUCUCCCUCUGCGACUCUUGGUGCACCUCCAUGCAUCCUGCCCACUUUUGUCCUAAGGGUAGGAUAUCAUCUCAGGUCUAACGAAUGGCUGUAUGUAAUUAAUAUUUGCUCCUCUCUAAUUUUGUGCAGGUGAGGUUCAUAAAUAAGAUUUGCUCAACUUUGUAGAAAGUAUGGCAGUAAUAUAAACAGAGGUAGUCACAGAAAACCUCAGCAGUCCUUUUGAAAAGCGUACAGCUUGCUCAUUAAUAAAUUGAGUUGAGUUGACCUAUUCCAUGGAAUAGAUCUGUAUUCUAACUCAUAUAUUUUAGAGCUCUUUAAAAGAGACCUUUGUUUAAUUGUGACAAAAACAUAAUGAUAAUCAGUAACAUAUAAAGAAUCUGGGUUAGUGAUGUGGCAUCACUGAUUCUUUCCGGUCAUAAUAUACUUAGGAAAAGAUCACAAUUACUAUCCCGACACAAGAGAUAAAUGAUAUGUUCUGAAUUGUGUUAAUAACAAAAAUGCUAAUGUUUCCUCACAAUAGAAAUUGGUUGUCCCAGAUUAACUUAUUGGAAAUAAAUACCUUUAUUCCAUUUAAUGGUAAAAACUAGGAAAUAUGAACGAGAAUGCCAAGCACAAAAUACAGAUUAUAAAUAGUUAAAGAGUAAUUCUACCCAUCAGUCAAGAGCUAAGAAGCAAGCACUACUCAACAUAUUAAGUAGUCAUUUGUAAAUUAGUGAAGUAUUCUAAUCCUAGUUCCUGGUAAAUUAUCAUGUUAUGUGUAGAAACUAUUACAAACAGUAUUUUGGAAAGCCUCUUAUUUAGCCAAAUUAUUACAAAUUUUAGAUCAUGCCUAAUAAGAUGCCAAAUUGUAUACCAUAAUUAAAUUUUUAAUGUUAGGGUUUUACAUUCUGAAAUUAGAUCUCUUAUCUGAAAGCUUUUUGUUUUAUCAUCGGCAGCUUCAAAUAGUGACCCAAAUAAGGCAGCAUAUCAGCUCCUAUAUUAGGCCCCAAAGACCAUCAGUAAAUUGUGUGGAGCUUUUAGUUCAAGGCAAUGAAUAAACAGCACAAGAUGAGCUGUUCCCCUCCCCAACCCUGUGCACAUACUUGGUUCUAAAUAUUGCUCUAAAAAGUGUUUCUCCAAAAUUUUAAUUCAUCGUAAAUGGUAGAAUAUUUUGGUAAAGCACAGUUGUAGAUUAAAAAAUGUUUAUGAGUUCUUGACAUUUAUUUUCUAUGAAAACAGUUUUACUAAGACCGGUUUCCAAUAAAAUUCCAUUUUCAUAUGGAUUUGGAAUUAGAUUCCAUCAACUAGUAUUUCUCGAAGUACAAAUGCCUUAUAGCUUAUGAUUUUAUAGGAUGGUUUUCUGUCCUGUCCGCCAUUGUUAUAAUGUUAUUUCACUUGGUUUCUAUCUGCUGUAAACCCCAGAUACUUAAAAUUCCUAUACAUUUUCAACAAGUAUUAAUCAGAUUGAUGAAAAACAACAUACCAGAAGUUCAGAUUUUUCAGUUAUACUUUUGUUUUUAAUGUGAAAUCACCUCCAAAUCAUUUUCCUGAUUCUGCCACUAUUUGACUCUGGGUACUUACUAAAAUACUAGUUGCCUAUUUCAACUUCCCCUAUAUAAAAUACUCACUUAAAAGUGUGUUAUUCUGUAAGUGCCAAACUCUCAUCAGUAAAAUGCUAUAUGCAUCAAUAUAAAGUGCUACGAAAAAGUAGAAACCAGUGUAGUAGCAACCCAUUGAUGUGUAAUAAGAUAGUGACAGGCCUCCAACAGGUGGGCCUUAAACCAUAGCAGACAGAUGGUGAUAGGAAAUCCUAGAUUAAGAGUUACAAUAUAAAGAACUUUCCACUCUCUAGCAAUUCAAAGGGGUUCUCUCACUUCUCUCACUCUUCGCCACAACGAAGAGUAUUGUGUAUAUUUACUAGUCUAUGUAGGUUACAUUUUUUUUGGCGGUUUGUUUUUUGUCAGCCAAGGAAAACUACUCACAGCAAGUCAGUGCUGCCUCCUUUGAGUGGCUUGUCAACAUGAGUAUGUGCGAACAGUGGAGUUGUCUAACCUCUGCAGUCUUGAUGAAGGAACUGCAAAUGGAGAAAAGGGCUUUAGAGGGACUUGGAUGAUUGAGUACAAAAUUUCAGAUGAGAAAGAUUCAUUUUCCCUGCAUAAAGGGAUCUGAACAUAUUAAUAGACCUUCUUUCUCUCAGAUAGAAGCCACUCAUAUUCCUUUUCUCAAGACAAGCUACUAAAGAAAAUUUAUUCCAGUGUGAUUCACCUGAGCUUUCAAGUUGUGUAUUCCUCCUUAGAUGAAGUCUGUUAACAAGAACAGUUCCCCUGGGUGCUCCUGUUUUUGAAUGAAGCAAAGAUUGCUCUUGGAGAAUUCAGUAUGAUGGACUGUCUUCCCCUCCAAUACUGAAAAGCUUCUAUACUCAUUUUAAUCAUGUUAAAUUGCUCGUGAAUUUUGCUAAUGUGUUCCAUAAUAGUAAUAACUUAGAAGAAAUACAGAUCAAAGAUCAUGGAAUAUAGAUCAAAGAUCAUGGUUUAUACUGGAACUUAUUUUAAGGGCCAUGAUAACUAUCACCUUGACAAGAAAUAAUAAUUCUAGGUGAUUGUCUCAAUAAAGAGAGUGGGGCUUUUUUGUUUAAUGCUUACCAGACAGACAUAACUUUGUGACUACAACUUCAAAUUUGUCUCUCCUCCAGAAUGGCUGUUUUCCUUUGUGAAGUAUAUAACACAAGUCUAAUGUCCACAGAAGGAAAUACUAAUUGGGAAAUUACUGUCGGUUUUGUGUUUGUUUAAUUCUCUUCUCAUGGUUGUGCUUGUUUAUUUAAGGCCUUCUGCCUUGGUCAUAGGUGAGAAUAUCUGAUGAGUCUGAGUUUUUAAGAUGAAAUAGAAAACUUGCAAUAUUCAAGCAUGUAGGGUGACAGUGGAGUUAAUUUCCGUUUAUUAAGGACCUUUAGUCCAAAUCCAUCCUCUGAACAAAUUAUUUACUUGGUGAAUAGAAGAGUAAAGAAACACAAAUCAUGCAGAUGUUUUUCUUCCUAGAUGUGGACAUUAGCCAAAAUAGUCCUUUUUAGGAUAUUUUAAAUUAUUUUUAAAAUAUGAAUAAAGUGCCAUGAGUUCAUGCAUUAGCAGCUUACAAAAGAGUAUGGUCUGAUGAAAGCAAAGUAAACGUCAAGCAGAGCAAACCAACUUAAGAAAAGAAUCAAUUCCAGAAAGCUGUGCAAGAUCAGAGAAUGACAGCAUUUGCUAAACAAGCUUUUUACUUUAUAAGCAGAAAUGCAAAACUACUGUACCAUCCGUUGUCAUUUUCCUUGACUGCCCCGAUGUUGUGGUUAACCUAAAUCCAGCCGGUAACGUUUCUGAGGACCCAGGCAUCAUGCUGAUUCCGUGUACUUCACGGGGAGGAAACUGCCUUCUCCAGGUCGACCCACGCCUGAAAUUCUUGUCAUCACUCUGCCAGUACAGAGAUACAAUUUUAUGUAAUGAAAACAAGUAAACUAGUCCAGGUGCUUAAAACAUGUAACUCUGAUUAUUUACAUUCAGUCUGUAAAGUAUACAUAUGGAAUACUAUAUUUCAAGGGUUAUAUUGAUUCCAAAAUGAGAAUGCAGGAUAUGUGAAAUAGAAAUGUUUUUAUUAAAAAGUUCAUAUGAUUUCGAAUCUAAAACAUAUAUGAAAGUAAAAUCUUUGAAAAUUUAAAAUAAAACCCCAAAGUUUUUCCAAAAAGAAUUUUGGGUAUACUUUGUUGCACUUCAUGCCAACUGUUUUUAUGUUAUGAGAUGAUAUACUUAGUUGAAUAAGUAUUGGGUAAACACUAUUUGAUUCACACACUUGAUUAUUUCAUGAAUUUUGCUUUUAUGUAUACAAGAUAUAUGUUAUGGGAAAUCUAUAUUUGAUACAGCCUGGCUCAUAUGGGAUACGAUAAUUUAUAUUCUGUGUAAGAAACUAAAUUUGUCAUUUGCUAGAUUUCAGCUGAUACAGAAGUAACUUGUAGUUUGUUGAAAAACCUAUGCAAAUGGUCACCUUCCUUUUAAUAAAUACGUGUGCUCAUUAGAUGCCACUAAAAGCAUAAUGUAACUCUGGCUGCUGUUUUACAAUGUAAUUCUUGUUGCUGAUUCUAUUAUAUCUUAAUUGCAUAAAAUCUUCCCUCUCUGUGCAUACACAUUGUACCUGCAGACAAACCAUUAUUUUCUCUGAAUUGGUAAGCAACAAUAUGUAAUUUACCAUUUGACUGAUUAUAUUCUUUGUUUCUAAUGUAAGGAAAAUAUUAAUCAUUCUACACAGAUCUUAUCUUCUUAUAUCACUAAGUUUUUCAUCUAAGGAAGGACUGUCUACUCCCUAAAAUUAUAGUUAAAUAUGUGUGGUUGACUCUGCUAGCUCAGGUGACUUCAUUUGGGCAUAGAGAAUAUAGAUAGAUAUUCAACCUAAAUUAUUGUUAUAAAUAAGAAACACUAUAAAGUAUUCUUCAUCAUAGACUACUAAUUUAAGUAGCAUACAAGGUUAAUCUGGGAAAAAUAAAAUCAUUUAUGUAAUUACAUUUAUCCAUUUUUCUUUUAGAAUCCUUAUUAUUAAUAUAUAAAUUUUGUUUAGAUUUGAUAGCCAUUUUACACUUUAAGAGAUUUCUGCUACUCUUCUCAACUGCUGUAUUUGACUUUGCCUUAGACUCCAAAUGUUUGUUUAUAAAUGGAAAAAAGAAGCAGAAUUUCACA